AUGGCCGAGAGUCCCACGAACACUUUAGGUUACAGAAUCGAAACCUAUAAAGCAAUUUGCAGCGAAGCAAAUACUCUGGAUAGAUUGUAUGGCAAUAAUCAGGGCGAAGAGCACCCGAAGUACGGUUGUGCUAAAUUACAAGUCACGAAGUCAACUUCAAUCAUGGCACUGGCAUUGUCUGCCGUAACUGGACUGAUAUGCCUGACUUUUUCAAGUGGAAGUCAGUCAUGGCCAGAGCUCAAUCCUGACCUUGAGCAGUACCAGGACUUUACAAAGUGCUUUCCGCUUCAAGAGAGUUGGUACACGAUCUACAGAAAUUAUGAGUCUGACCCAGUCUUUGGUGGAUCAGAGAAGUGCAUUAAAUACACAGAAAGCGGACCACCCGUAAAUGGCGCCUAUCCUCUUCAUUUCGAUUUUGGAAACCAGUCUGGUAUGGCAAGCACGACACUUGAGUCGUCCCCUGGAUACACGGGCAAAAACAUAUUGAGCCUUACUCCUACAGGUGGAAGUACAUCGGUGGAGGUAUACGGCGCAUAUGCGGAGUGCGAGCAGUGCCUCGUUCUUAGGAACACCUACAUCAGCAAUACAGCGUGUGCUUUGCUUGUGCCCGAGUCAGUGUUGAACAAGAACACCACCUGCUGUGAUUUUAUUUUUGACCUUCUUUGCGGCACAAUGGAGAAGUACUACAUCUACGAUGCAAGUUGCUAG